GAGGAGCUUGCAAAGUUACCUUCGAAAUAUUCACAUAGAAAUAAAAUGAGAAAGCAGUGUCCAGUUGACCUUCCUAGAUCACCACUUAAGAUCUGGAUUAAUGAGGAUAGGAAACUGCCAUACGAAGAAGCUAUGACAUGUAAAGAAUGGAAACAGAAGUUUCAGAAUCUUGAGAAGGAAGACAAAUUGAAGCAUAUCAUUACUUCACUCAGAGAAUUUUAUGAGUAUAAGAAAAGUGCAGAUGAAUACUUGGAGAAAAAUCCUGAUUUUGUAUUUCCCAUCAUUCAGGGUCCUAAAAAAAGUGAUAUACAGCUCUUCCCUGAGGGAGUAAUAUUGUUCCAUUUUGUGUAUGUUCUGAUUAUAUACAUGGGUACCUUGAGUUGCAGUAUUAUAUACAUGGGUACCUUGAGUUGCAGUAUUAUAUACAUGGGUACCUUGAGUUGCAGUAUUAAUCUGUUGCAGAUGUAUCCUAACCCAAAAUUAUCGGCUCAAAACCACAAAAUAAGAUUCUAUGAUUCAUUGGCCAUUAAAAUAUCCUCUGUCAUUGCUUAA